AUGGACAGGUUCACAGGCGAUUCCCCAAGCCUGCCCAUCUUUAACGAGCCGACGAAAUCCAUUGAACUGUCCCCCUGGGCCGGAAAUGAUCGGGCGCAGUCGAGGUCUCCUACGCGCACGACCUCGGCUCAGUCGAGAAGCGUCGCCGACGAGUUCUCCUACCUAACCACCGCCGAAGUCGCCGCCCGCGCACGAACCUCGCUCACGCAUGGCCUUACACCUCCUGAGGCUCUGUCGCGCCUGCGCGACUAUGGGCCCAAUGAGAUACCUCACGAAGACCCAGAGCCGCUCUGGCUGAGAUUUUUGGGACAAUUCAAAGAGCCUCUGAUAUUACUGCUUCUUGCUUCUUCAGCCGCCUCUAUUCUUCUAGGAAACUUAGACGACGCUAUCAGUAUCACCGUCGCGGUGACUAUCGUUGUGACCGUUGGAUUUGUGCAAGAGUACCGUUCCGAGAAGUCGAUUGAGGCUCUCAACAAUCUUGUCCCAAACCAUGCCCAUCUGAUCAGGAGCAUGCCUGCGAGAGGCGCUGCAGCUCCACGAACACCAGGCUGGCAACCAACAGCAGAAGACGGACGGGAGGGCGCCGAGUCGUCUGGCGCUGUCACACCAGAGGAAGAGACACUGGAAGCCUCGUCCUCCAAGGUGAUGGCUGCAUCAUUGGUCCCGGGGGACCUCGUCUUGUUCACGACGGGCGAUCGCAUUCCUGCAGAUAUACGCAUCACCAAGGCAUCGGAUCUGACAAUAGAUUUGUCGAAUCUUACCGGAGAAACCGACCCUGUGCGAGUUACAGCUGCGCCGCGCCCUCGCAGGUCGGCAGCUAAGACGCGCAGUGAUGGUGCGAACCUGCAGCUACCAGUGCCCACCUUUGGGGAUUCCGCUGAGAAUGGCGCCGCGAAUCGGGACCACGAGUCCCAUGAAGGGAGGAACAUCGCCUACAUGGGCACGCUGGUCAAGUCCGGACAUGGCCAGGGCAUCGUCUUCGCGACGGGUGGGAACACACAGUUUGGGGCCAUUGCUACAAGUGUCACAGACACCGAGAGCCCCCGUUCUCCCCUGCAGCUCUCCAUGGACCAGCUGGGCUCCCAGCUGAGCAAGUUCUCCUUUGUCGUUAUUGGACUCAUCUCUGUGGCAGGCUGGUUCCAGGGCAAGGGUUACCUAGAAAUCUUCACGGAAUCGAUAUCUCUCGCUGUCGCCGCCAUCCCAGAAGGACUGCCCAUCAUCGUCACCGUGACUCUGGCACUGGGUGUCCAUCGGAUGGCCAAGCACAACGCCAUCGUUCGAAAGAUGCCAAAGGUCGAGACUCUGGGCUCCGUCAAUGUAGUCUGUUCAGACAAGACGGGAACACUGACAAUGAAUCACAUGACAACCUCAAAGAUGUGGUAUUUCGGCGCGGAGGAGGCAUUUGAUGUCGACUCCGACGACGACGCAACCGAGGCUGCUCCCGACCCAGCCACAUUGCGCAUCCUGCGCAUUGGCAACAUCGCCAAUGAUGCUCGCCUGGCUAGGCGCUACACAGAGAACGGGGCUGCUGCGAAGGCGGUGCUCUCGUCCACCGUGGCGCGGGACGAGGCCUCUACCUACACGCGCUGGGUUGGUCAGCCAACAGACGUUGCCAUGCUGGACCUUUUGGACAGGUUUCGUGAACACGAUGUUCGCGAGUCUAUAGGACCUCGAACAUCCGAGGUUCCUUUUAGCUCUGAGAGAAAGUGGAUGGGAGUGGCGAUCGGAUCCGACAAGAACGAGAAGGAGUUUGCCUACAUGAAGGGUGCUCUGGACCGUGUUCUGGACGCCUGCGACAGCUACAUCUCCAAACAUGGUCGAGAAUUUGUGCUCGAUGCAGCGCAGAGAGAAGAGAUCAACCAGGCAGCGGAGAAAAUGGCGGCCACUGGCCUGCGGGUCAUUGCAUUUGCCAGUGGCCCCGUCAACAAGUCCGGGGGAAGAAGCAAAUCCAGCGGGCCAAACCAACGAAGUGGCACCCCUGGCCAUGACGGAAGCGAAAGCCCACGCAUUCAGGACUCGGAAGACGUGUACAAGGGUCUCACGUUCGCCGGUCUUGUUGGCAUGAGUGAUCCCCCGAGGCCCUCUGUCGGGCGUUCGAUCAGGAGACUGAUGCGCGGCGGAGUGAAGGUGAUCAUGAUCACAGGUGAUGCGGAGACCACGGCCGUGGCAAUAGGCAAACAACUUGGCAUGGACAUUGCCACCGCUCGCGAGCACGGUCCAGGCCAGGUCUCAGUAAGACCAGUCCUCAGCGGCAGAGACGUCGAAGAUUUAUCCGAGGAGGACCUUGCCCAGGCGAUGCAGCACACAACCAUCUUCGCCCGCACAAACCCCGACCACAAGAUGAAGAUCAUCAGCGCAUUACAGUCGCGCGGAGAUAUCGUGGCAAUGACAGGAGAUGGAGUCAAUGACGCUCCGGCGCUGAAGAAGGCGGAUAUCGGGAUCGCCAUGGGCAGAAGUGGAACGGACGUGGCCAAGGAGGCUGCCGACAUGAUCUUGACUGACGACGACUUCUCGACCAUCUUGCAUGCGAUUGAGGAGGGCAAGGGCAUCUUCAACAACAUCCAGAACUUCCUCAGAUUCCAGUUGAGCACAAGCGCAGCUGGUCUGUCUCUCGUUCUGAUCUGCACGGUUCUGGGGUUCAAGUCUCCCCUGAAUCCGAUGCAGAUUCUCUGGAUUAAUAUCAUCAUGGAUGGCCCACCUGCACAAUCCCUGGGCGUAGAACGCGUCGAUGUCGAUGUAAUGAAGCGCCCGCCUCGCCGCCGUGGUGCCCCUGUUCUCACCCGCGCAGUCAUUCAGCGUGUCCUGCAGUCUGCCUUCAUUAUCAUGCUCGGCACCAUGCUCGUCUACACCCAUGAGAUGCUUGAGGACGGCAAGGUCUCACGCCGCGACACCACCAUGACCUUUACGUGCUUCGUCCUCUUCGAUAUGUUCAACGCGCUGAGCUGCCGGUCCGAGUCCAAGUCCAUACUCCGCGGCGAGGUCGGGCUGUUCACCAACACCUUGUUCAACUGGGCCGUGUCGCUCAGCCUCAUGGGCCAAUUACUGGUCAUUUAUUUUCCCUGGCUGCAGGAGGUGUUCCAGACAGAGGCUAUCGGGUUUUAUGACCUGUUGGGCCUGAUCAUGUUGUGCAGCACCGUGUUCUGGGCAGACGAGGCAAGGAAAUGGUGGUUCUACGGAAAGAAGAGGCUUGGUGGCGGGUACAGCCAGGCUGUAUAGAUGAGACGAAUGAGCACCCCUUGUUGGUUUUAGUCGUCCAGUGAGGGGAUAGCAAGGCGCCUGUGUAAAUAUUUGUAGCAACAAAUAUGUAAAUAGACAACAUGACCAAC